UGCUUAAUCUCUCUCCCUCUCUCUCUCUCUCUCUCUCUCUGUACACACACACACUCAGAUGCACACACGCAGGAAAAGAGGAGAAAGCCAGAGAGGAGAACUGCGGUGGCACGAUGGGGAUAUUCUGCCUGCGUGGGCUCUGUCGCUGAGGCGUCCGGAGUUCAGCCACUGUAUGUGUGUGUGUGUGUCUGUGUGUGUGUGAGAGCGUGUGUGUAUGCAUGUGUGAGUGAGUGAGAGACCCUGCCAACACCGUGCGGAGAAAGGAAAGGGGAACAGAGGAGAGCGGGUGGAGAGGAGGAAAAGAGAGGGGGAGUGUUGACUCUGACUGGGGCUGAGGAACCUCACGCCACUGGAUCAGAGGACGCCGAUGUGCAACAACUACUCCAACUACUGCUGCUGCUGCUCUGCCUGUGUGCCGCUGCCUGCCUGUCCUCUUAACUUCUGCCAUGGCAUAGCCUCCUCUUCCAGCUCGCCUCUAAUCCACCAAGGAAACGGGCAUGCAUGGGCACAACCAGGGAUCUAGGCUAUCGCAUCCUUUACGUCAGUAAUUCACAGUCUGAGGAAACAUGGUGAGCAAGGAGGGUGGCAAAUGCAUGCUCACCAACUCAGAGUCUGACUCGGAGGCGGCGCCCUUGCCCUCCACCUCGUUGGCACUGGGGGUGAAGUAUUCCCUGGAAGCCAGUCGACAGGUGAGGAAGAGAAACAAGGCCCUGCAAGUGCGUUUCAAGGAUAUCUGCGAGGCACAGAACGAGCAAAGGGAGGCAGAGUUGCAGGCAGCGGGGAAAGGUGGCAAGCCGAUCUCAUACAAAGUGGCAUACCGCAAGUACAUGACCGUCCCUGCCCGCAGAUCCAUUCCAAACGUCACGAGGAGCACAGGCGUGCAGACGUCCCCUGACCUGAAAAAACGUUAUCAGACCUUUCCCUUUGAGCGCAAGAAAGGCCACACCUUUAAACACGUGGCGGCCGUGGAAACUUAUAAAGGUCAGAAUAACGGUUUUGUCAUGGAGGUGAAGCAGUCCAAGGCUGCUGAGCAGGGUUUAGAUGAGGAGGAGGAGGGAGCCUGUGGGGGGAGUGGAGUCCGGAGGACCAGGGCUCUGCUCCAUACUAAUGAGUGCAUUGCCACAGUGGAGCAGCACACUGCACCUGAUGGCCUGUGCUCUGACGCUCUGCUGCUCAGUUGCUCUGCAGACACAGACUGCCCUGCAGACACACAGAGAGGAAGCGGAGCCGGAGCACAGGCAGAGUACCAACUCUGCAGUGUCCCAUCCAAAGCCAGGACAGGAUUACAACACAGGGAGGCUGAUACAGACCGCUCGACCAAGAGGCAGCUUCUCAAUCUGGAGGAGGGCUCGUCCCGAACCCUGCCGGACAGGGCCUCCAAGGUUACAGGCCCCAUCGCCUGGAACUCCCUUACGCAGGUGGAGUGCUUGGAAAGUCCAUCUGUGCGGAGCAAGCGGAAGAAAGCCCUGCAGCUCAACGGGCUGCAGAGUGAGACGCUACCACGUUCCAGUAGAGGCUGUACAACACAGGCACAGUGCCACACAGGACAGUUAUCUGCCCGGCCUCUACGGGGCAUGGAGGAGCCUCUGUCACCCUGCAUAGGUGGUGAGGCUGGUGGGGCUCCACCCGACCAAACACAGGAGGCCUGUAAGCAAAUAGUGCCUAUGAAUCAGGACGGGGAUGUUAAAGCACAGCUCCAGGCCAUGGAAAAUCUCAUCAGCUCCAGCCAAGAGACCAUCAAGGUGCUGCUAGGUGUCAUCCAGGAACUGGAGAAGGGCGAGGCCCACAGAGAAGGGAGGAGACAACAAAUGUAUGGAAUGGAAAAAGAGGGCCAAAGAGAAGGAGAAGAAAGUUGCAAAGCGGGAGGACCCACAUGUCCCUUGAAACUCUCCUAUCGAACCGGACAGGACACGGCCAACUGUGACACAUGCCGGAACAGCGCAUGCAUUAUUUACAGUGUGGAGCUGGACUUCAAGCAGCAGGAGGACAAGCUGCAGCCGCUGAUGAAGAGGCUCUGCCCUACAGAGGACGGCCACUUCCCCCCCCUGCCUUACCCCCAGGAGGCCUUCACCUCCACCCCAAAACGCAAGUCCAAAGCUGACUCCAAGAAGCACGCUCGCUGGAAACUUUGGUUCCUGUGAAAAACACAGGACCGCCUCUUCCCCUACUACUGAUGCACAGGAUUUAUGUGCCCAUCUGGGCACCCAUAUUUGUUUGGUUUAUCCAUUGUCUUCUGUUUUAUCACAUCUACUUGGCUUUUUGUAGACCUGGUGAUCAGUAUUAAUGGAGAGCUCCACCAAUGGAUACUGAACCCCUUCCCAGAGAUGACAGGAUGUGUAAUGGGACACAAGUGUGGAUUCUAUGGAAAAUUCAAAAUGUCAUGCUUACCAAAAAUGGAUUCAGAGUGAUUUUGAACUAAUUUCUUCAAACAGGGUGUGAAAUUACACCAGGGCGACAUAUUUGGAGAUCAGCAAGGUGAGAAGACGAAAUUUGAUUUCCUUCUGUCUAUUUGCAUAUAUUUUUCUAGCUGACGUCUAUGGGGUCCUAUUCUAUGAUAAUGGUUCAGUGACUGUCAGAUUUCUAUUCACCAGUUGGGACUUUGUCUUUCUUCCCAGCCUCCAGGAGAGGUUGACAAUUCAACAACGAUGCUCUGAGGUCUACAUCAACAGCAUAUCACCGUACUGCAAAGCACAAUUAACACUGUUCAGGAUACAUUUUCUCCAGAAUUAUUAAAAAGAACUAUUUUGAGUAUUAACUCACACAUGUAGAUCACCUACUAACCAUGUCAGAGUGAAGACUUUCAUAAUAUCUAAAGAAGAGACCUAAAGGACAAAGAAGAUGUUUAUUGGAAUUCUAUGAUCCACUUUCUAUCCAUCGCUAAAAUGUCUCCUUGAAUCAACUGACUUUGAAGUAAAGAAUGAAUAAAUAACAAUUAUUUUCUUAAUAACAUUUGCAAAGCUAGACUUCAAUGUACUUUUUUCUAUAUAAAUAUAUAUCUAUAUACAUUCACUUUAAGGUUUAGUGGAAUAUAUUUAUUUCAGCUGCUGUGAAGGGGGAUGUGCAUUUCAAAAACUACAGUGCAUAGAAGGUAAAUGAUUUUUGAUUCUUAAUUCCUUUUCAUACAUCAAAUUUACUUCUUACACAAUACAUAUGGUCAUUGAAACCCAAUAAUAAGAAAAGAGGGAAUCCAUACAGUCAAACUUCAUCAGUAUGACAUUAUAGAGUGUUCUGGCUGAACACAGAAAAAAAAUAAAAGUUUAAAGAUUUAUUGUUUCAGUCAAGAGUAUAAUAAAUAAUGUUGGUUCUUAGCACAUGUGAGGUAACAGAAGAUAGCUGUGAUUGCAUUGCUGCAGUAUCCUGCAUCAGCUACUACAAUAGCUACUGAAACCAAGCCAGAAAGGCUUGAAAGAAUGUGCCACUUCUGAUCACAACCAGGGCUUCUACAGUGCAGGGGGGCAGGCGUCUAGCCUUGCAUGCUUUUUACAACCCUCGGAUUUUCAGGAUAUUUUCUAGCUUUUAAAGAAAUUUGACAAAAAAAUAUUUUCCCCCUUUCUUUGAAUUAAUAGCUUCUGCUCAUUGCUUCCCAUCUAUUCGACUGUAAAGUAAAAACUCAUGUAGUGACUCCAUACAGGUUUUCAAAGACUAUGUACAGCCAAAAUAAUAUUUGCAUUAACUAUAUAUAAAUAUUUGUCGUAUAGCAUCCAAUAGGGCUAAUACCAUUUUAAUGAGUGGGAGAGCAGCCAAUAUGUAUAAGAAAAAACAUUACAUUACAACGCCUGCAGGGGCAUAAAACCGAACCCUCAAUGCCAAAAACACUGCCCCAAAAGACAGGAAAAGGGCCAAAGUGGUUUCAAGGGCAUAAAAGAAGUAUCUUUAUCUACUGUCACAACAAUACCAAGCAAACUACUUGAUAUCACUGGUUUGACUUUCACAAGCUCCAACAUGCUGCUUUAUGUUGGCUACAUGUGAUUCACACCUCCACUCGUGUACAUGCCAGGUUGGUUUCUUUCAGUAGUUAUACUGUAGCAUCAAGAGAGAUAGAUGUUUAUCUGUACCUUAAAGAAGUGCAAUUGAUUUAUUAUGUGCAAUACUGUGUAUUUUAUACUGUUUUUUAAAAUAAAAAAUAAAGAUAUUUAAUAUGCAAAAUAUGAAAAAUAAAAACAGACAUCUACAGAG